AUGACAGCGUUUACUCAUUUGUCCGCAGCUCCCACUCGUGUACAGCGUCCACGAGGAAAGGCCAUAUCGCCGACAGAAAUUAGACUGACGUGGCGGAAACCCCUGCACCCCAAUGGUGUCCUCAAACCCUAUCAAGCCAGCUGUGUGGACAUUGAACGUAGAGGCACACCACAAAUAGUCACAACUAAGGACAGCAGGACAACCUCUGCGGUGGUCGGCAACCUGAUCCCUGAUACAAAAUAUCAGUGCAGCGUAGUGGCCAGCACGGUUCCUGUAGUUGGAAAGGAUCCGGCACAGUUCCAAAGGCGAUCCGCAUAUUCGAAUCCUAUUAGUACCAAGGCGCAAACACCGUCUCGGGUACGACGUCCGACAGGAAAGGCUAUUUCAUCUACAGAAAUCAAAGUGAAGUGGACAAAGCCUAAACACCCCAAUGGCAUCCUUAAACCCUACAAAGUUACCUGCUUUACCACUUCACACGGCGGCACCGCAAAUAGUGUCACUACUAAAGACAACGAGACAACCUCUACUGUAGUCGCAAAUCUGAUUCCGGAUACAGAAUACCAGUGCAUGGUGGUGGCUAGCACGACUGCAGCAGUUGGACAAGAUCCGGCAAAGUGUGAAAGCCGUUCUGCGUUAUCGGCUCUCAUUCGAACCCUCCGCUAA